CUGCAUCCGGUUGGCGACCUGGCGCCACGCACGGUAUCACGCCACGACGCGCUCGGCUGCCUUGAGCGUCGCUUCGGCCGCUCCCCCGGCGCCUACCGAGCGAUCAUCGGUCCCGGCAUCGGCCGUGACUGCACGUACGAGUGCCUGGCGGAGCGCUGCGACUCAGCUUCCGCGCCCGAGUCGGGCCGAGAAUCUGACGACCCCGCCUGGUUUUUAGGUGCAGGUGGAGCCGGCCGCAUCGACCUGCGCGCAGCCAACAUCGCCCUGCUCCGGCGCGCGGGCGUUGCGGGGAUCACCGUGUACGACGACUGUACGGCGUGCUCGCCCGCGCUGAUUUCGUUCCGGGCCGAGCGGGCAUCCGGGCGCGCCGGCGUCCGGCGCAUGGCGGCCCUGCUCGGAAGAUGGAGUAUCAUCUCGCACAUCGCGCAGCAGGCAAACAAGACCCACCUGACACGGCAGCGAAUUGCUCCGUAUUUCACCGGACGCACCCACCGCAUCGGCGAGGUGGACGACGGCGAGGCAACCACCGACUGGAUGACGCAGGAACAGGAACGCGGCAUCAGCAUCACCUCCGCCGCAACCACCUGCUUCGGGUGA